AGAUACUUCUUCCUUCCGCCUCUGGAGGCUGGUAGCCUGAGGUCAAGGCACCCACCAGAAAUAAAUUCAUCACAGACCAGAGGCUGGGAAUGACUACCAGAGACUACAUUUCCAAAAAGAAUGAGGUCCAGUAUCCAGCCCAACCCCACGUGCCGGGAACUGGCGGGCCGCAGACACCAGACGCACACCCCGAGGUGGAAGAAGCCAGCUGCCGACGACAGGGACCAUGGCAGCCAAUGCAAAGGGCAGCAAGUCUGAGCCAAACCACGUGAUUUUCAAGAAAGUCUCCCGGGACAAGUCGGUGACCAUCUACCUGGGGAAGAGAGACUAUAUAGACCAUAUUGAUCAAGUAGAACCUGUGGAUGGUGUCGUGUUGGUGGAUCCCGAGCUUGUGAAGGGAAAGAAAGUGUAUGUGUCUCUGACCUGCGCCUUCCGCUACGGCCAGGAGGACAUUGAUGUGAUCGGCCUGAGCUUCCGCAGGGACCUGUACUUCUCUCAGGCCCAGGUGUUCCCGCCCGUGGAGGCUACCCCUGCCCCCACAAAACUGCAGGAGAGCCUGAUGAAGAAGCUGGGAGGCAACACAUACCCCUUCCUGCUCAAGUUUCCUGAUUACUUACCCUGCUCGGUGAUGCUGCAGCCCGCUCCGCAAGACGUAGGGAAGUGCUGUGGUGUCGAUUUUGAGGUCAAAGCAUUCGCCAGAGACAGCACAGAGGACGAAGAGGACAAAGUACCCAAGAAGAGCUCCGUGCGUUUACUGAUCCGGAAGGUACAGCACGCGCCCACAAAGAUGGGUCCCCAGCCCCAAGCUGAGUCCUCCUGGCAGUUCUUCAUGUCAGACAAGCCCUUGCACCUGGCUAUCUCCCUCAACAAAGAGACCUAUUUCCAUGGGGAGCCCAUUUCGGUGACGAUUACCGUGACCAAUAACACAGAGAAGACAGUGAAGAAGAUUAAAGCAUUAGUGGAGCAAGUGGCCAAUGUGGUUCUCUACUCGAGCGAUUAUUACACCAAGCCGGUGGCCCAGGAGGAAACACAAGAAAAAGUGCUACCAAACAGCACUCUGACCACGACACUGACGCUGGUGCCCUUGCUGGCCAACAACCGGGAAAGACGGGGCAUCGCCCUGGAUGGGAAGAUCAAGCAUGAGGACACGAACCUUGCCUCCAGCACCAUAAUAAAGGAGGGCAUAGACCGGACUGUCCUGGGCAUCCUGGUGUCUUACCAUAUCAAAGUGAAGCUCACGGUGUCAGGCUUUCUGGGAGAACUCACCUCCAGUGAAGUGGCCACUGAGGUGCCUUUCCGCCUCAUGCAUCCCCAGCCCGAGGACCCAGCAAAGGGAAGUUUCCAGGAUGAAAAUUUGGUUUUCGAGGAGUUUGCUCGCCAAAAUCUGAAAGACUCAGGAGACACCGAGGAAGGGAAGAAAGACCAGGAGGCCGGGGAAGAGUGAAGAAGAUGCUGGAAAUUGGGGUAGUUCACAGCCUGGAUGAGCCAUGCUCCACAGUUAGCCCUUUAGUUAUGCUAAAUACCAAAGUGUGAGUCUUCUCCACAGAAAUAAAGUUUGUUCUGCUGCGAUCUGA